CAUCUUGGUUUCGCCGUGCCAAAUUAAUUCUUGUGUAAAUUAAGUUCGCUAAAUUUAGAUAAAAUUUUCGCAACAUAGAGCGAAGAUGGCGAAGAAGAGCUUGGUAGUGCUGACGGUGGCAACAUUACUAGGCCUAGCGUCGCUCGUCGCGGCGACGCCUGGCACAGCGACCUACUACACCGUCUACACACCCUCGGCGUGCUAUGGGUACCAGGAUGAGGGGACGAUGAUCGCGGCGGCGAGCGAGAGCAUCUGGAACAACGGAGCGGCGUGCGGGCAGAUGUACACCAUCACGUGCACCGGCGCGACCAACCAGGGCGUGCCGCAGCCGUGCACGGGCCAGAGCGUGACGGUGAAGAUCGUCGACUACUGCCCUCCGCCGGGCUGCCAGGCUACCUUCGACCUUUCUGAGCAAGCCUUCGCAAUCAUCGCCAAUACCGCCGCCGGCAAGAUUGACAUCGACUACAAUCUGGUUUGAGAAUCACUAGAGUGAAGAAUAAUGGUGGAGUAUUUCCUCCCUCUAUCCAGGAAAGAAAUAAGCAUUGACUUCUUCCGAUAAUGGUUGUUUAAUAAAACUCUGUGCAGAUCGGAUAGACUGCAAAGAACUAAUGGAAUAAAUAAAGUAUCACUUUCGAUAUUAAUUGUUCUAUUUCUACUUUCGGAUU